CUUUGUCGGCUUCGAAUCAGAAUACUAGGAAAGCAAAAAUAAAGCUCGGCUCCAGAUAAUCAUCUCUUUCGCCUGUAUAUGCACACGUGUACGUGUGCAUAUUUGCGAAAGCCAGCCGCGGCCACACAUAUUAGGCUUUUCACAGAACCCUUGAUUUCUCUUUUUCUCUCUACAGCACAUCCAUAUUUUUUUCGAUCUUCUUGUACAGACCUGUUGAAUCAACUUCGGGUCAGUGUUUGAGGAAAUGUUUAGAUAUGUGGCUUUUACUUGCUCAUAAAGUAUGAAUGUUCAUGCUUCUUGGCGGUUGUCUAACUCCGAAAUGUUAGUAAUUUGCUAGGGAAAUUGCAAAAAACUCCUAGCAAGUUAAGGAUUCCAACUCAUAAUGUCUGAUCAUGUUUUGCAACCGUAUAAUGAUCCUGAGGGUAAAAGUAGACAGUCGAUGCAAUCUUACCAAUCUGUUUGGAUGGCUCAUUGGACGAGAACUAGCUUUAAUGCAACAGCCGAACCUCAUGAUCACAUAUCCAAUCAUUUUGGAAUCCAGGAAAUUCAUCAGGAUUCUGAACAUCAUAACUCUAUGACUGGAUUAGAGAUUGCAUCCGACAUCUCUAGGUCAGCCAAUCAGAGUCUGAGAAUGAGUUCUAACCACACGAGAAAUGAAAGAUCGGGAUGUAAAUAUUUUGCAUUGGAGGGUCCUUCGAGGAACAGAGGGAGCAGUUUUUCAUCACAACAUGGCCUAGAAGCCGAUGAUAUGCCAUCCUUAAGGCCUCAAAUUGGUUACAACUUUGGUGGAUCGACAUCACAUAUUAUGCCUUCUAGAUUUGACCAAGAAAAACAUGGAUUUGACAACAGACAAAAGGCAGUCUCUUCCUUCUUGGAUAGAUCCAUUCUAGUUUCCAACAAGCUAUUGCCAAAUGCUAACCUGCGAACACUAGAGCGACAACAUUGUAAUUCAGAUUUUUUCCUUUCUGAGAGAAAAAUGGAUGGCCAAUUAGACUCUGAGAAGUUUACAAGUUCAUGUUCGAGGAAAGGCAAUACAUCCCUGUUACUCGACACUCCCUCCACGAGUGACAAUCACUUGUCAGCAUUUGGUAAAAACUGGUUCCACAAGAUGCAGAAUCAUUCUGGAAUCAAACUGUUAGAGAACAAUUGCAGUGCUUCAGAGAAAGGUUUACAAAAGUUUCCAUAUAGAGUUCAAGAUGUUGAGACAACGAGGAUAUGCAGUGCUGUGAAUUCCAUUGAUGGAGUAUCUCAGACGACUCACGGUUUGUUAACCGCAAAAAAGAAUGAUGUCAACACGUUUAAAGAACACGAGUUUUUCAGAAAGACUAGAGUGUUCACCAAAUCUAACAGAAAUAUAUCCAGUGAUGUUCACAGCACUUAUCCGUUUGUUAGUCAAAGUCAGCAAAGAUUAAAACUUCAAUCUCGAGGCAGUUCCACUGAUAGUGAAGAGAAAAAGAAUCUUGAAGAUGUCAAUACUUCUAAGGCUGUUACAAUGCUUGAAUCAUCGGCUGAAACCGAUACAAUGGACAUGGGUUUUUUUAAAGAGAAGAACAAGCUUUCUGGUGUCAAUUCUAAUCCAUCAGAUAAGGUCAUCAACAUAGACUCGAAUUUACCACCUCGGUUUAAUGUUGCUUCGUGCAAAGAAGUACGGCGGAAAACUGAGUUGCCUGAUAUAAACUUAGAGCUUCCAGCCUUGCCAGCUGCAGCGAGUUCGUCCAAUGAUGCAGGGCCAAGCUCUUCGAGGACUCAAAGUUUAGAUAUGGACCUGCUUUUGGCGCAUGCUGAGCAGCCUAGUACUUCAAAACACGUUAUCUCAUCGGAUGAUUCUCUGAAAACAGAUCCAUCGACCAGAUGGGUUAAACGUCUCAAGGCGAGUGCUUCGGAUUCCUAUGCUCAUGGCACGAAGAGCUCGGAUUUUGGCAAAAACCCAUCUCAUGAAAAAGUGAAAAGGCUCUUCGGUAGAAUUCUUACAGAUAGCAUAACUAGCUCAGAACCUGUAGUGGAUGAACAUUCUGAGAAAUUAUUGACUUUGCCAGAUAAGAUUGGAGACUUACCAAGAAAAGACGAGUCCUCUUUCAUGGACCUGUCAAAGGAAGGUAAAAAACUUUUGCUCUCACAUUCUUGGAUAAAAAGGUGGCUACACAAAGGAUCCAGGAGUCCUCAAAAGAAGCCCGAGGCAGUGGUGAUUUGUGAACCACUACGUUCCAAGUUGUCAUCGGAGGACCUUCAAAAGAAGCAAUUUCCGAGUGUUGCUGCUAUGGCCCUGAUGGGGAAAGCUAUGAACGGUUUUGAACCAUGCGAGCUCCAAAAGAGGGGUUCUUCUGUCACCUGGAACACUAGAGCUUUCUGAAAGUACUUCAUGUUUGGUACACGUUAUUCGAUAGUAUGAUUGGAUUGUAUAAUAAACGAAAUUUUUGCUUCUUUUUUCUUUCUUAAGUGUGCCUAGUAUUGUCAAAUUCUCCCUACAUUUUGCAUUUGAUGUCACGUUGCAAAGUCUUCUCAGCUGAUGAUGUUUA